AUGGACGACGCUCUAGCUCAAAUUCUGCUGGAGGACGACAUCGAGCGGACGUUUCGAGAGCGCUCGGAUGCUUUCGAAGAACACGACGACGUCUUUUUCGGAAAGUAUAGAAUGACGAAGGCGCUCGCGCACUGGCUAUGCGAGCAGCUGAGGCCAACUCUACAUCCCCAAAGACAGACGCGAACGACGUUGUCCGUGGAAGAACAGGUCCUCAUCGCCCUGAGGUUCUACGCCACCGGUAGCUUUCAAGGAGCCGUUGGGAGCGACCGUGAUCUGUCUGUAACCCAGGGAUCUGUGAGCAGGGUUCUGUUCAAGGUCACAAACGCCAUCAUACACCGCCUUGCACCAUUGUGGAUCCGAUUUCCCCAAGAUCCUGCAGACGUCAGGGCUGCAAUGAGGGACUUCGAGACCAAAUGA